CGAGAAUGCUGGAACAACGACUCCUGAAGCUCUCGAUGGGCAGGGUGACGCCUCUCGUAGGCUUCCAGUCGGGGGUGCGCUCUGCACUCACACCCGCACACCCUACUGUCGUUCAACUACGCUGCCGCAACGCCUCCUCCUCCACCACCUCCUCCUCCCUCCCCAAGGAUGCCGCGUCCUCCUCACGCCGACGAGCUGUAACCAUUGUCAACGACACGGGCGCUGUUCCUUGGAAAGAGCUCUCUUUGGGCGAGAAGGCCGCCCGCACCACGCAGCAAUCCUUCAACCUGGGCAUCGUCUUACUCGGCGUGGGACUCACUGGCGCCGUAGCUACCGUCCUCUGGCUCGAAGUCUUCUCCACGGACAGCAAGACCGCCUACUUCAACCGCGCUGCCGACCGAAUACGCGCCGAUGCACAGUGCAGGAAACUGUUGACGGGCGAUGAGAGGGCGAGCAAGAGAGACAUCGAAGCACAUGGCGAGCCGAGCUGGAGUCGAUGGGCGAGGAAUCGGGUCAUUGCCAGUCGGCUGGAAACUGAUCGGGCUGGCGUGGAGCAUUUGCACAUGCAUUUCUACGUCUCAGGGAAGCAAGCAAAUGGCACAGUGCAACUGCACAUGUCGAGACGACCGGGCGAAGACUUCCAAUACCAGCUGCUCGCACUGGACGUACCGGGAGAACAGAGAGUCUACUUGGAGAACGCCAGUGCGCUGCAGCAAGCAAAGGCCGGCAAACUCUUUGGCAUCAACUGGAACAGGUAGUAGCAGCUCGUACGGUCAGCUGUCUGUGAACAUGUUCCAUCUCACCAUGCUCGAACAAGGCAAUCUCAAGAGGUGGGAGGGAAAGCUGGACAUGGUUCAGAUGAGGUGAUGUCUGCAUCCAUCAAGAAUGCCUUCUAUCGGGACUUCAUGUGCGGGACUAUGAGGAUCUCUACCAAAACGCGUCCAUCUCCUUGCGCAUGGCCUCCUUCACAAUGCUGCCACACAGCUUCGCGUGCGGAUUGGUAUGCACAGCCAAUGCUUUGGCUACCUCAUUCCCAUAUAGGCCGCCCAGGUAGAAUGCUCGGGACGCUUCUUCUUCGAAUCGGGCAUGGCACCAUUUCAUGCCAUCGAUCUCGACUACAUCGACCUUAUGUUCGGACUCCAGGUCUUUUGCAGCUGCGUAGUAGAGAGCGCCUAGCUGGGUGUAUGCCUGAGCGAGCAACCUUCCUUGGGCUGGCGAUACCGCAUCUUGUUGUCCUGCUGGCAAUGUCGAAGCUAUACAUGCGUGGAGAUCUGCCAAGCCUUCUGCGCCUUGCUGUGCGUAGAGCGGAGACUUGGGCUGCACGAGGGUAUUCCUGUCACCGAACAUCCACCUCCUCAUCUGUGCUCUGUUGUUCUUCGCAGAAGCAUACUCGGGAUGCUCCGCGAUCAAAGCAUCCAGAGAAGUGCGAGCAGCUCGAUAUGCAGCAUCCUUGGCGGAUUCCUUUGCGUCAGGGAACCGAGCUUUGUUUCUUUCAAAGUCUUCGAUGAUGGAUAUCGCCUCCUUCUCACGACGUCGCAGCUGUCCGAGCAGCGUCGCGUCGCGAAUAUGGCGGUCUUCUGGCAAGCUCGGAUCGAUCAGCACUUCUGCUCGGGUUGGUGCACUCUCUGGAUCGAAGACUUGCGCCAAGACUGCGGAGUCGGCUCUGGAAAGCUGUGGAUUCAUGGCCAUGUUCACCUGGUUUCAAAAGGAUGCGGGGAUUGAUGGGGAGCACAGCGGUUGUGUGUGAUGCCAGCCCUCGAGGCGACAGAGUGCGCUUCGGAGCAUAAAAUAGGAGAUCAGCAAUGUCCAGACCCGACUGAGACCUUGGGAAGCCGAAGGGUGGAGCGCGGCUCAAAUUUAAGCCGCGUCUCUUGCGGUCGGUUUAAGGCAAAGCCGAAGUAAGAUGACCGGAAAGCGUAAGGAGUCCUGGGUCCGAGUCUACAAGUCUCCAAGUACAUGUACCGAGCAAGAGCACAUGAAAGUGUGGACUUGGGUACAUCUAGGCCAACAUCAACAAGACCUUCGCUGUCUGAACCUCCAUCUCUUGGACCACUUCCGUCUGCCAACCAACGCACUUUCCAUCACUCACAGCUCGAUCUGCUUGGACAACAAUUGCAUACCGCACACUCCGCGUAGCACGAGGUACUUCAAGAUGGCACCAGGCGCUCUCAUCGCUACGACCGCGAGUGGCCGGACGUCACCGCUGUACGGGACAGACACUGCUGCACAGGCACCACCGGGACAGGUCGAGUACAGGGGCUAUGAUCAUGUUACAUGGUGGGUCAGCAAUGCCAAGCAAGUUGCUCAGUUUUAUAUCACGCGGAUGGGUUUCCAGCCAGUAGCGUACAAAGGUCUCGAGACGGGAUCCCGCUUUAUUGCUUCGCAUGUCGUCCAGAACGGUGACAUUCGCUUCGUCUUCACAUCACCCGUCCGCUCUUCCUCGCGACAGACGGUAAAGAAGGCGCUCCCCGAAGAUCAAGCCCUUCUGGACGAAAUGCAUGAUCAUCUCGACAAACACGGCGACGCCGUAAAAGACGUCGCUUUCGAAGUCGACGACGUCAACGCCGUCUACCAGAGUGCAAUAUCCAACGGCGCCACAUCCGUCUCACCGCCCCGUGUCGAAACCUCGGACAGUGAAGGCUCUGUUCUUCUCGCUUCCAUCCGAACAUACGGCGACACCACCCACACAUUCAUCCAACGAAGCACCUACACCGGCCCCUUCCUCCCCGGCUAUCGCCCCAUCACCCUCCCCGAACCCACCAACUCCUACCUCCCCCCAAUCCACCUCUCCGCCAUCGACCACUGCGUCGGCAACCAAGACUGGAACUCAAUGAACUCCGCCUGCGAAUUCUACGAACAAUGUCUCGGAUUCCACCGUUUCUGGUCCGUCGACGACAAAGAAAUUUGUACCGAAUAUUCCGCUCUCAACAGUAUCGUCAUGAGUUCUUCCAACGGCAUCGUCAAAAUGCCCAUUAAUGAACCUGCGGUGGGGAAGAAGAAGAGUCAAAUUGAAGAAUAUGUUGAUUUUUAUAAUGGUCCGGGUGUGCAACAUAUUGCUUUGAGGACGGGGAAUAUUAUUGAUGCGGUGACGAAUUUGCGGAAGCGAGGGGUGGAGUUUAUUUCUGUGCCUGAGAGUUAUUAUGAAGAUAUGUAUAGUCGGAUUAUUCAAGCGGGGGCGACGAUGACGACGGCGGCGACGACGACGAAGAAGAACAAGGAGUCUGGAGGAGGUGGAGGAGGAUUACAGAUUAAAGAAUCCUGGGAAAAGAUUCGAGAAUUGAAUAUUCUGAUUGAUUUUGAUGCAGGGGGAUAUUUGUUACAAUUGUUUACGAAACCUUUGAUGGAUCGACCGACGGUGUUUUUGGAAGUUAUUCAGAGGGAGAAUUUCGAUGGGUUUGGAGCGGGGAAUUUUAGGAGUUUGUUUGAGGCUAUUGAGAGGGAGCAGGAGGGGAGGGGGAAUUUAUGAUGAUUUUCUUUUUCC